AUGUCAGGGUUCACGGGCAUUCGUUCGGUCACGCUCAUCAUCGCGGCGUGUCUCGUAUUUGUGCUUCUGAAACAAGGCACAUUCUCUUCGUCACCACUCGCAGACGGCGGCAUCUCGCCAUCUGUCAAUAUGGCCUCGGACCCGGUCCCAAAACUCGACGUCAGCCUCCGUCAGACUGGCACUAAUCCGCCCACGCUGACAGUCAAGGUAGCCAACAACAAUGAGGGACCCGUCACCAUCCUGACCUGGGACUCGCCUCUCGACCACGCCGCCUUACAGCUCGGCCUGAUCGAAAUCACGCCUGAGGGCGCCUCAGCCCCGCUUGAGCUGCAGACGGUGCAAUUCCGGCGCGUCACGCCACCAGGGCCCGAGUCACUCGUCGAAAUUGCCGCCGGGGAGUCUGUCGAGAGUGAAGUGAUACUGAAGCAACCGACCGUGAGCGAGGAUGAAAUUUUUGCAGGCAAAGACACAGCGACUGUGGUUAUGAGGGGAACUUGGAUGGCCGUAUGGGGCAGCGCCAGGAAGGAAAUAAGCGAUGAUGAAAUCGACAGGAGGGAAAAAAGCUUCGGGGGAAGUUUCCAAUCCAAUGGUCUGAAGAUCCAGAGGGAAAUGUAA